UUCUGUAAAUAGCUGUGAUUUCAUUCUGCCUGGUGUGAGAGGUUGUUUACUGAGAUUCUGCUGUGUCUGCACUCCAAAGCUGCACAACGGAGACACAAAGGCUGCGGAUAUCUUAUAUUUUAACCUUGUAGUUAGGUCAUGCAUGUGGCUCGGCCUGUAGCCUGUGUGGUGUAGAGUGCCCCAUAUAGUCACUAGGGAGUGCUGUCUGACCCUGAAACCUCCCCUCACCCCCACCCCGGCCCCCAGCACCUAUGUUCCCUAUGCUAACUCUUCUCAGCAUGUUUUACUAUAUCUGUCUGCGGCGGCGGUGCAGGAGUGGGUCGCGAGCAGAGUCGCUGGGUGGCCGCCGUGCACUCGUCGAUUUGGGCCAGCGUUCUACCUUGCCAGUCACUGUGGAGGUGGAACAGUAUGCUAAAGAGGUUCUAGACUUCAGCUCGCACUAUGGCAGUGAAAACAGCAUGUCCUACACCAUGUGGAAUCUGGCCGGGGUGCCUAACGUCUACCCCAGCACGGGAGACUUCACCCAGACGGCAGUUUUUCGGACGUAUGGACACUGGUGGGAUCAGUGUGUUAGCACUCUAGCACCGUUCCGCCGCACACCGCCAUCCUUCCACAGCCGAGACUUCCUGGAGCUGGCCUUUGAGGAGCAAGUCUACCCCACUGCUGUGGAAGUGCUGGAGACCUACCACCCCGGCGCUAUCGUACAAAUCCUGGCCUGCUCGCUAAAUCCUUUCACACAGAAUCCACCUGCUGAUGUCAGGUGGGAGGUGUUAUGGUCAGGGGAGCCCACCAAAGCCCUGAGCCCCCAGGCACGUCAGUUUUCCCCCACAAUCCGGCCCAUUAGCUUCCCCACCAACUUGCUGCGUCUGGAAGUGAAUAGCUCUAUGCUGGAUUAUUACACUGAGCUUGACGCGGUGGUCCUGCGAGGGGUUCGCGAAAGGCCCAUCCUUGCGCUUUAUAAGAUGCCUAUGAUAGACAUAAGUGAUCUGAGUGACGGUGAGGAGGACCUGAGUGAGACCGGGGGGGCGCUGUGCUGCAGGACGGCCACCGCUGACCACAAACACAACCUUGGCAAUGGCUACUUUGAUAAACUACCUUAUGAGUUGAUUCAGUUGAUUGUAAGUCACCUGGCUGUUCCUGAUCUUUGUCGUUUGGGUCAGUGCUGUAAGCUCCUGCAGCAGCAUUGUUCUGACCCACUGCAGUAUGUCCAGCUCAGCCUACAGCCGUACUGGUCUCGCCUCAGCGAUGCUGCGCUGACACACCUGCAGCCACGCUGCACACUCCUUCAGAGGCUUAACAUGUCCUGGACUGGAAACAGAGGAGCUGUGACUGCUGCAGGAUUCUGCAGCUUCAUUCGGGCAUGUGGGAUGAGUCUGGUGUGUUUGCAGCUGUCCUGCUGUCACUUCUUGAAUGAGGUGUGUUUGGAGGUUGUGUGUGUGAUGUGUCCGCGCCUUCAGGAGUUGGAUCUCUCCUCAUGUGACCGGCUACAGCCUCAGGCCUUCACCCACAUCACCAAACUCGCACACCUCCGCCGACUCAUACUCUACCGCACCAAAAUUGAGCAAACAGCCAUGCUGAGCAUCCUGACGUUCUGCACUGAGCUGAGGCAUCUCAACCUUGGCAGCUGUGUAAUGAUAGAGGACUAUGAUGCAGUGGUGAGUUUGCUGGCUGCACGGUGCCGGGGCUUGGUGUCUCUGGACCUGUGGCGCUGCAGGAACCUGAGUGAGCGUGGGCUGGCAGAGCUGGUGUCCGGCUGUGCAGGGCUCGAAGAACUGGACCUGGGCUGGUGCUCCAGUCUCCACAGUAGCUCUGGCUGUUUCCAGCUGCUAGGUCGCAGACUGCAUCACCUGCGCAAACUCUUCCUCACUGCAAACCGCACCGUCUGUGACAGUGACUUGGAGCAACUCGCCACAAACUGCCCUGCACUGGAGCACCUUGACAUAUUGGGUACACGGAUGGUCAGUCUUGCUGCUCUGAGAAGACUGCUGCAGGCGUGUCCUCAGCUGCGUCUGCUGGACGUCUCCUUCUGCUCACAGAUCGACGCACGGACUGUGCAGGAGCUGAGUAGCCUCUUCCCAAACGUCUCCAUCAAAAAGAGCUUCACCCAGUGACCUCUUCCACAGCCAGCCCGCAGGGGGGCACUGCCCCUAGCCUGGGGGGCACUAAGACCCUGCCCACAAGGGCUGCCUUCAGGGUUUCCUGGUGCUGCCAAUGUGGCCGUUUUGCCUAAGUGUUAGCGAUAAAGCAAUAGCUCAGCGGACAAUCAAACUUACACAAUUACGCCCUUACCAAUUACGCCCUUACCCCAGAUGUGCUUGGUCAGCCAAGACAUCUUUGGUGCCUGAUGUUUGCUUCCAUGCUUCGCUUACAAAUCUAUUCUUUUGUAGUGUGAAGUCACUACAUAAUGCUGAGUUUCCAGUUUAAAAUGCUGCACUACUGACCACACAACAUGUUGUUGUGGCUAAUCAAAACAGAUUGGAUACAAAAAUUCGCCACUACAAUAACAUAAGCUCCAUUACAUGACCCAAAAAAAACCCUACACCUAAUGUUAACAGUGUGAUCUUCCACACACAUGGAAUAAAAGUAAUUAUUUUUAAUUAAAAACAAGUAAGGUAAGUAAUUAAAAACAUGCUGAAUAUAGGUAUUUUAACUAGUGGUAACACAUUAAUAGCUCCCCCUCAAAACAACAUGUAACAUUGUAGUGUGAGAGCGAAAGGAUACAAUCCCAGACAAGUUAGAACAUGCACCCACUGUUGGUGAUGAAAAUUGGAAACUGCAUUCAUUCUGUUAUCAAGUUUACCCUACUUACAUUUCAUGUUCUGGUUCAUGUGAAGUAUAAAGUAAUAAAACCAGUCUGGUGAAGCUUAUUUUGUCCACUCAUAUAGAUAAACCAAAAUGCAUUACUUUUUAAAUAGAAAAAAUUGAGCAAAUAAAACAUUAUCAAUGUCAAUCAUGAUUCAUAAAUUUAACUGUUUGGGAGCUCUAAUUUGAACAAAGUCCAGUUUGUGCCUUACAGUUUCUCAUUAAGUUGAACGGGAUUAUUGCCAACAUUACCUAAAACUUGUCAAACCUCACAACAGUAGCUAUGUGUGGAUGAAGCAUGGAUAGGUCAGUUAGCAUUGUACAAACUGCAUUGAGCUGUUAAGUAACCUUAUAUUAUCGUAGCUCAAAUGCAGAACUAACAAAGCUUUAGAUACCAAACGUGUCUUGGCUGACUGAUUGCAUUUUGAGUAAAGGGGAAAUUGUGUACCUUUGAUUUCUUACUGAACUGUCGCUUUAAGGAGAGUACAGACUGAAGGACUAAGCCGAAUAGGCUGAGUGUAGACUUUCUCAAUGUUUCGUCACACCUGACCUCAACGAUUGAUCUUAAUCUCAGGGUUUUAUUUUCAUGUUUUAUUUUUUUUGCCAACACACUAAUUACUCCUUCCGAUGAACAAAAAGUACUGGAUAUACGAUUUGUAAUUGCCAAAUUGUUUUCCUUUCUCAAGCGUGGGUGUUCAUGCAUAUGACUGUGCAGUAAUGAUUGCUUUUAUUCAUGUGCUUGUUUUGCGUACCUGUAGAAGAUUGUGCAGUGAUGGCUACAUCAUUGGCUCACUGAAUUUGGUUGUUUAUCAAAAUUCUGAAUUAUUAGCACCAUUUUUUAACUUGAGACAUUCAGUUGAAGCUGUCGUGCAUUUCUUUAACAAUCUGAUUGCAUCUCAAGUUAAAAUGUAUCCUGUAAUGUGCAGAAAAGAAGCUUCUUCUUUUUUUGUUUGCGAAACCUAAAGUUUACUUUUAAUAACACGCUAAUUGCUAGAUGAUGUAUACAGGUGCCUUAUAUAGUGAGCGACACCAUUGUGUGUGUGCGUGUUGUGUGUGCGUGUGUGCUGGUAGUGUGAAGUACUGUUGAACCAAAGCUCUUCAUUUGCGUUUUAAUCAAUGCACUACUGUUCACUCACAUGUGAAGGCUGCUGGAUGUUGUGUGUUUACUUGGGGCUAUGAUUUUAUUGAAGUCCAAAUUGCAACAACCAAUUCAUUGUAUGUCACUUUUGUUUUUUUUUUGUUUUCAUUUAUAAAAGGACUCAUGCUAACUACUCAGUAAUUAACAAACCAUUUCUCUGUAAAAGAUGAGAAAAUACUGCUGAAUGCAACUGUUUUUUGUCAAAACAUUUAUUUAUUAUUGAAAUUUGUAAAAUAUGGUUUAUUUUAAUGAUUUUUUGUAAAUACCAAAUUGGUGCCAUUUUCAGAAUUGCUGUGUUUUGCGCAAAGGUUGUUGGUAGAAGGAAUGGCUGAAUAAACCCAAGCGUU